AUGACAUAUAAUGAUUAUUUUCGGCGUGAACAUUGUGAGGAUUCGAACAAUAAUUGCCGCGAUUGGAUUACAACGUAUGCUUCGCUUUGUCAAACUACUGAUUAUAUUGUCAAAACAUGUCCCAAAUCAUGCGGCUUUUGUGUAAAAAAAGUAGAACGAAGAUUCGAUGUUUCACGUGUUCCUUCUCAUUUACAACCCAUCGCUUGGCUAAUUGGAAUUUGGCGAUCGGAACAUGGAGGAAAAGCAAUUUUUCCAACGAUACCUACAUUUACAUAUGGUGAACAAGUCGAAAUUUCAAUUUCUGAUGAACAUAUGACCGGAUUGAAAGCGCUCAACUACACAGCAUUUGCAUGGACUUUAUCUAACCAUGAAGAAUUACACAGCGAAUACGGUUAUAUUACAGUAGAUCCUAAUACAAGGACUGCUUCACUUACUACUGUAAUGGAUAAUGGAAUCGUUGAGCCAAACCGAAUCGAAUUUCAUUUGAAAGAUAUUGGACGGAUUAGCUUUAGCAGAGAUUUACCAGUUCUUAGUUUGAUACGAGAAUGGACAUUACUGGACAAGAACACUUUGCAAGCACGCCUCGAUAUGGAAACAUUAACGCAUGGAAUGCAAGAACACACAUUUAUUCGUUAUCGAAGAAUUCAUCCUUAG